UAACGAGGAAGGAACGCCUGACGAGGUUUUGCUUCUGUUCGAUCAAUGUUUAUUUGUAAGAGUGUUUCAAGCUUUUCUUACGAUGCACCUGCUUUUUCAAAGGCCUAGUGUAGUAAAACAAACUAGAAUUGCAGCUAAAUUUCUCCCCGCAGUAACUCAGACCGCUCCGUCGAUAAUUCGAGGAAAACAUACCAUCAAAGCUCUUGAAAGUGGCACGCCGCGACUCAGAAUGGCAGCAUCUCUUAACAAAAGGAAACACAGGGAGAAACAUAACCGUAUCGUGGUAGAGGGAUGGAGACUCGUACGAGAAGCUUUGCUGGCCAAAGCUAAGGUGUUGAAUAUAUUUUACACCGAUCCAGCACUGCUUGAUCACAUCGACACUUCGAGUCUACCAUCAAACUGUCUUGCUCAAAUAAGCGAAGAAACAAUGGAGAGUUUAUCAAAUGCUGUCACACCGCCUGGUAUAGUAGGAAUGUUCAAGCGUCCAAGGCAGGGUGAAGGGGGGGAACUGAAGAACGGAAACACUGUGCAAAAUCCAUUGACAGUGUUAUGUGAUGGACUGAAAGACCCAACAAACUUAGGUACAUUGGUGCGGACAUCAGCAGCAGCAGGUUGCCAGUCCUUCAUUACUUCAACUUGUUGUGUUGAUGUGUGGGACCCAAAGGUGUUGCGAUGUGCUGCUGGAGGUCAUUUUUAUCUUCCCAUUCAUUACAAUGUGGAUUGGGAAGAGAUUGAGACAUUCAUUGCAGAUAAAAGGAUUUUUCUUGCAGACAAUAAUAUUUCUGAUGACCUAAGCAUUCCAGCAUCAGAACAUUUCCAAGUGGACUGGACUCUAGGACCCAGUGUUCUGGUUAUUGGUGGUGAGACUACAGGUCUGGGGGAAAUUAUCAAAGACUUAGCUUGUCAAUAUCAUGGACAACUUGUUCGUGUUCCCAUGGCAAACACAAUUGACUGUUUAAGUGCAGCAAUGGCUGGCACAGUUAUUAUUUAUGAGGCUUACAGACAAUUACUUAUCGCUGAACAAGAUAGAUAACACUUGUAAGAAGUGUGAAGAAGUUUAAUUUUUUGAUUUCUUAAUUAAUAUUUUGAUACAAUUCAGACUUGUAAAGUCACAUUCAAUUUCUCUCCAAGAGAGUGGCUAUUGCUGCACCUACUGAUGCAUCUGCAUUUUCAUUCAAAACCAGUGGCAAUUCAAAAACCUGUUCAACUUGUUUCUGUAACACUCUAUUUCUCUUCAAAGCGCUUCCAGCACCAACUAUUUGUCGCACAUCAUGCAAAUGGAGGAAAUCUUGUGUCAUCAUUUCUUUUAUGUUUUCAAUAACUCCUUUAAAAAGAGCCAAACCAACAUCACCAAGUGAGAUAUUUCCUGAUGUUAGGUUGUUCACUUGUCCUCUUUGAUCAGAAGUGUGCCUUUCACCCCAUAAAGUGGGAACUACUUGAAGUGAUGUUGAAGCUCUCUCAUCAGCACAGGCCAGUAUUCUAGAAUAAAUAUCAUCUUUAGAAGGGAGACUCUCUUCCAGUCCAAGAUCUUUCAUCCAUGAUGUCAACAUCUUCACAAAGGUGGCCAAAACGUUACCUCCUGUAACGACAAAGGAAACAAAAGCUGACAGUUAGACCUCCUAGAUUUCUUGGUUUGAUAACAUAACAGUAUGUGACCUUAAGAAUUUUCCAAGAACCCCAAUUGGAUGUAAUUUUUGAUAACAUCAUUGCGACCCAAAGAAAUAUAUUUGGAGAUAGAUAGAAGUAAACAGUGGUGGAUUAAAGAUUUAAUGUUAGCACCAAUACACAUAUGGUACAAGAGGCUGUCCAUGAGUGAAAAGAAAGGUUUUAUACACUCUUUGAACAACAGUACAAACAUAAAUCAAGAAAAUCUGACCAUACCUGAAAGUGAUGCAGCCGUCAUAACUUUUUGUCCUUGAAAGAAUGGAAGAAUUGUAAUUGCUUUACUAGGCAUCUCUGAACUUUGAUAUGAAGAUUUCCCUGCAGCCACAGUGCUGGUAUUAGCAGGAACAACCACAGCCAGUUGGCAGGAUGUUCCAAUGUUAAGAACUGAAAAUUAAAAAAUAUUU